GCAACGAACACGUAAAGUCGCCUGCUCAUUGGUUUAGGCUCGGUCAUAAGACGAUCGUGACAGUGUAAAUUAUUUCAUACGAGUUACGAUCACGACGAGAACAAGUUGGAUCCAACAACCCCUGUAGUUAGGGCUCGAAAUUUCACCAGUGCUUUGCAACAUGCUCGUACAACAAAGUGUUAGGAGGGCCAGUCGUCACAUUGUCAGUGUCAGGAGAGGUAAACUAUUAGAAAUGCCGUGUCCGUUCUUGACUCGUCUCUCCGCAAAUUACGUGCGCAAUUAUGGUGCAUCUCUUUUAAUGAAUUACCGUCAGCACUGUCCAGUGAUGUCGCGAGCCUCGAGCACCCUCUCCGAAACAGCUGAGGCCUCACCUGAGGCCUCACCCCCAGUGAAACAAUGCCCCUUCCUCUCGAAAGAGAAAGACGCGAUAAAGGAAGCAAGCUCAGCAGUCGAGGAAGACGUUAUCAACCUCGGCCACUACCCAAAGCCAGCCAUUUUCCCCUACGAGGAAUUCUUCAGCGAGCAGAUAAAGAGGAAGAAAGAGGAUCACUCCUACCGUGUCUUCAAGAAGGUCAACCGGCUGGCCCAGGAAUUUCCAGCUGCUAUGGAGUACUCCUGCGGGGAGAAGCCAAUAACCGUCUGGUGUUCCAAUGAUUAUUUGGGCAUGUCACGCCAUCCGGAGGUGACAGCAGCUGCUCAUGGGGCGCUGGACAAGUUCGGAGCUGGUGCUGGUGGUACACGAAACAUAUCUGGCAAUUCCAUGGGCCAUGAGAUGCUGGAGAAACGUUUGGCUGCAUUACACCAGAAGGAGGCUGGCCUCCUCUUCACCUCCUGCUUCGUUGCUAAUGACUCCACUUUGUUCACUUUAGCCAAGAGAUUGCCUGGAUGUCAUGUGUUCUCCGACGCUGGCAAUCAUGCCUCCAUGAUCCAGGGAAUACGCAACAGCGGAGUUCCCAAGCACAUAUUUCGACACAACGACGUGAGGCAUCUCGAGGAGUUGCUGGCAAGCGUUGAUCGCUCAUUACCGAAAAUCGUUGCAUUCGAAACUGUACAUUCCAUGAAUGGCAGCAUCUGUCCGUUGGAGGAGAUGUGCGAAAUUGCCCACAAAUAUGGGGCUCUCACGUUCGUUGAUGAGGUCCACGCUGUUGGGCUUUAUGGCUACUCGGGGGCUGGAAUCGGAGAGAGGGACUGGGUGCUGGAUAAAAUGGAUAUCAUUUCUGGCACUCUGGGGAAGGCUUUUGGCAAUGUCGGGGGGUACAUUGUGGGCUCGAAGAGGUUGAUUGACGUUGUCAGGAGCUAUGCUGCUGGCUUUAUCUUCACUACUUCGUUACCGCCUACCACGCUUUAUGGCGCCCUCACCGCUGUGGAGGUUCUGGCUUCUGAUGAGGGGCGUCGGCUUAGGGCUAAACACCAGGAGAAUGUUGGGUAUAUGAAGUCUGUACUUACUGCCGCUGGGCUUCCGCUUGAAGAGUCGCCGUCGCAUAUCAUACCGAUCAAGAUUGGCGAUCCUCUUUUAUGCACUCAAAUAGCAGACGCUUUACUACGUGAUAAAGGGCAUUAUGUGCAAGCAAUAAAUUAUCCGACAGUACCUAAAGGUGAUGAAAAACUGCGUCUAGCACCAACGCCGCGUCACACUCAGGAUAUGAUGGAUAAAUUCGUUCGGGAUACGUUGGAUGUUUUCCACGACCUUAAUAUUCCGAAAAUCAAGCCCGAGGAUAUACCACGAGCAAUACUUGUUCAUUAAUUCUAAAGCGAAUAGUACAAAGGAUUAAAUAAAAUUCAGUAGCGAAACGGUGAACACGUUUAAGUGUUUUUUUUUCGAGAAUGGGUUGUUCAGUUGAAUUGACGCUAGUUUUCCACUUUGCCUCACCCUCCCCUAGACGUAAUUUAGUCCCAUUUUCCUCCUUUAAUCACAUAGUUUUUCUGAGAAUACUACCCCACGAAUUGUUAAAAGAAAAAAUUAAUGAAAAAGUUCAUGUAAUUGUCAUGUUUUCUUCAACACUCAACGAAAUUCAUGAUUGAGGUUGGAAGAAUUGACCAAAGGACAGACAUUUAGUUUUUCGACUCUCCUAAAAUUUGCAUUUUUCGACUUCGAGCGGUUUACGGUUUCGCUACUGAACUCUGUUAAAUGUACAGAUCUAUAUUGAGAUGGAAGAAUACUUGUCGAAAAUCAUCGUUGCAUGAUUGAUGAGUAUAAGCAUUAUACUUUUGAAAAGUAUGGAAAAUAUACUUGCUCUAUGUGCAAAGAUUAAAAAAAUAAAAUAACAUUCUAUUUGAUUGAUCA